AUGAAAGGGGCCGAAAAAACAACUGCGGUCGAUAUUGUGAAUAACUCUUCUCGCUCUAGCCUGGACAGCAAUGCAUUCGGACUUAACCAAAUCAUCUCUCCAAAUGGCGAUAUCAUUGUCCUCUCUCCUGGCUCUGUUGACCAUAAGCUUGAAAGAAGAAUUUGCCGAAAGUUAGAUUUUAGAAUCUUGCCACUUACUGCUGCAAUGUACCUUUUCAAUGCUCUAGAUAAAGGAAAUAUAAGUAACGCUAAAACUGAUGGUCUUGAUAUUGACAUUGGAAUUAGUGGUGAUCGUUGGAACUUAAUGUUGUCGAUUUUUUAUAUACCAUUUGUUUUGUUUGCGUUCCCGAUCUCAUUGGUUAUUAAGAAGUAUAACGCAGCACGAGUGAUUCCUUUACUUAUGUUCACCUUCGGCUCCAUUACUUUGCUCAUUGUUUCUGUGUUCAAUUUUUCUGGAUUAAUGGCUGCCAGAUGGUUUUUAGGGAUGGCAGAGUCUGCCUUUUUUCCUGGUAUAAUUUAUUACCUCACCACUUUCUAUAGAAGGGGCGAGUUGGCUCGAAGACUUUCAAUUUUCUAUUCAGCUGCAAAUAUCGCAAAUGCAUUUUCUGGCUUACUUUCCUAUGGUGUUUUUCAGAUUAAUGAUCCUCGCCUCCAUGGCUGGCAAAUCUUGUUGCUCAUUGAGGGAUGCUGUACAGUUACUUUCGCCUGUGUUGCCUACUUCCUUCUUCCGCAUUCGGUGGAAUCUGCUAGCUUUUUCACCGAAGAGGAGAAAGAAUAUGCUAGGUUUAGAGUUCAAACUGAUUCAUCUGCAUCAGGUGGACAAAAAACAUCAUUGAAUGAUGCUAUCAAGGUUUUCAAACAUCCUAUAUACAUUGCUUGGAUGAUUCAAGAGAUUGCGAUUGGAGUUCCACUCAAUAGUAUAAACAAUUGGUUUCCUCAGAUUAUUCAAAGCUUGGGAAAAUCUUCAGUUCAAACCAAUCUUUAUACCGUGGCUCCUAAUGUCUCUGGAGCAGUGUUUCUAUUAAUCUUUGCUUUUGGAUCCGAUUAUGUGAAAGUAAGAUCUGUAUUCGUCGGUAUAGCAAUCGCAACUACAUUGAUUGGAUUUGUAGUAUUUGGUGCUAUUGAUACCCAAAAUCAUAUCGGAGUUGCAUAUUUUAGUUGCUUCUUGAUGACCGCUGGUGCUUCUGCUUCGUCUGUUCUUACAUCCACCUGGUAUAAUAACAACACACCAAAUGAAAAUCGCAGGGUGGUCGUUACGGCAGUGGGAGUUCCUUUAGCGAACGCAGCUGGACUAAUUUCCACCAAUAUAUUCAGACCCAAGGAUGCUCCAAAGUAUAUACCCGCUUUGGGUAUAACUGCAGGAUUUGGAGGUUUGGCGAUUGUAAUGGUGUUGUCGAUUCUGACCUUCAUGGUCUUCGAUAAUAAACGAAGAAAUAAGCUUCAGAAUGUUAAUUUGAGUUACAAAGAUAUUUCAACUUCAGAGCUUGGUGAAGGUCCAGGAAAUCCUAAUUUCAGAUGGAUGUAUUGA